AUGUUGAUGCGGGAACGAGAUCGGGAGCGAAAGCGCAUGAAGCGUCUAAAUCCCGAGUAUCGUCGCAUGGAACAGGAACGGGAUCGUGACCGGAAAAAGGCUCGUCGUGCCAAUGAAGCUUUUCGUCAGCUGGAAAAGCUACGUGAUAAAAUACGUAAAGAACGCAAAAAGGGCAUCAUUACUGAAGAGUCGCUGCAAGCUGAAUUUGCAAAUAUACCGCCAGUGCCUGUUGAACCGGAGGUGAUCAUAUCAGAUCCGGCGACUGACGAUGGUGACGCUCCGUCACAAGCUAAUAGUCGCCAGCGCGCCUUAGCCCCCAUAGCUAGCCAUAAUUCAAGGCCUUCGUCAACGUCAAAUAAUUGCCAUACCACUCCCACCACGGCAAUGAGCACAGUGGCAGCGUCCAGUAUCUCGGCAGCUAGUGUACACAUUCACCAACAGGCCCAUAUGGCACAACUGAAUAAAAGUAUACUCUAUCCACCACCGAAUUUUGCUCAUCAUCCGCUUCCGAUUGCCGGUGUAACACUAAUGCCACAAUUGUGCCAUCCAAUCUUACAUCAGAACUUAACCGCUUCUUUGUAUCCAACCAACGGCAUUAAACAGGAAUAUCAUGCAAUCAAGCAGGAAUAUAAUACGGAGGCAACCGCCUCAUCUCAUGUUAUUGCGAGUGGUUCUCAUGUGCCAGGCGCCUCGAGCUCGAGCAACGGCGAUGAGCGUGAAAUUGCAAUAAUUGAACCAGAAAUCAUUUUGCACACUUCAACCGAUAUUAUUGCAGCACCACAUCACUUCCAGAACGCGCAUGCACACGCUCACCAUUUACAUCAGCAGCAGUGUGGCAUGUUUCAACACAUUGCGCCACAGGCGCACAUGUCACAGAUGCGCACACACCCGCCUUUACCACCGCCACCACCAGCCAGUCAUGUCCAGCAGCAGCAGCAACAACAAAUGCACCAACACUAUGCGGCCAACAAAGGGCCUUAA